GUGAGUAAGAGAUGAGUCAACAGCCCUCCACUAUAAGAUAUCCUGAUGGAGCCUAACAGUGGCAUACAACACGGACACCAGCCGAGGCAUACAGUGCUGUUCUCAAUUCUGUACAACUCUGGGACUAUGGACUACACUCUGGCUCUCCUGUUUUCUCUGCUGCAAGCUUUAAGUUUGUGCACAGCUGCUCCUCUGCCAACGGAAGUCGUGAAGAUGAAAUCAAAAGUGAAAUGGAUGGCUGAACAGCUGGUUGUCAGGCUGGACAAAGACUUGCAGGUCCCUGCUGGCCUCACACUCAGUCAGCCUGCUGAUGAUCUGGAUGGACCCGCCUCCAUAGUGACAGUCUUGGAGGGUUACAACAGCCUGAUCUCUGACACCCUUAACGGGGUCUCCCAGGUCAAGUUGGACAUCUCUUCGUUGACGGGUUACCUCAAUCAGUGGAGGCAGGGGCACUGCAGUGAGCAGCGGCCAAAGCCUCCAGUGUCGGGGCCUCUGCAAAAACUACAGAGUCGAAAAGAGUUCAUCCACACGGUGAGCAUCGAAGCUCUCAUGAGAGUGAAAGAGUUCCUCAAUCUGCUGCUGAAAAAUCUGGAUCAUCUUGAGACUUGCUGAAAAAUGGACAUUAGGACCAAUAUUUAUAAGUUGUUGGCCUGAUUCUCUGGAUAAGUUUGCAUCAGUGAUGUCUGACUUAGCAUUCCCCCUGGCCAUGUUGAACUUUUGCAAUGUGUUUUGAAGGAAAUUUAUUCUUAAACAUGCACUUAUUUAUAUACAUAUUUAUUUAUCUACUUUAUCUAUAAAAUAUGUAUUUUGUAACAUUGUCUCUUCAUUGGUAUGUCUGCAGCAAAAGUGUUGUUUCCAUAAGAAUGUUUGUAUGCAAACUGAUCUACAGCAUACUUUGCACAUGAAGGUAAAUCAGCUUCUUAUAGUUUGUAUUAUGACUCCGAUGUCGUGUCAAAAAAAGAAAAAGAAAAAAGAAUUUAACAUUAAUUCAGUCCUGAAGCUGAAUCAGCAACAUAAGGAAGCAUCACAAUGAACAGUGAUGUCAUGUCUGGAAAUUCCUAAAAACCAGGAGGAAACUUGCCAAGAGUGACAGAUGUGUUUGCAUGAGAACUAGGACAGAACAGGAAGGGUAAAGGGCAACUUUCAGUGCAAUAUCAUCAGCUCUUCCAAAAUAACUAUUUAUAGCAUUAGACAUUUUGUAUAUUUUUUUUUUACAGUUGAUGGUAUUUUUUAUAACUAAUGGGUUUAAACUAUGAAUAAAUAUUUAACAAAAUGA